GCGGGGUCCUUUCUGCCCGCCUGCUCGCCCCAAGGUGUCUGCGGAGCUCGGCGCCGGCCGCGCGCGCGGGGGGCGGCGGGACCCUCCCCUUCCCUCGGCGCCGGGCACAAUGAUGGUGGGCAAGACCAGCGCCAUUGCGGCGGGGCUUUGCGGGGCCCUUUUCAUCGGCUACUGCAUCUAUUUCGACCGCAAGAGACGGAGCGACCCUAAUUUCAAGAACCGGCUGCGGGAACGAAGGAGGAAACAGAAGCUUGCCAAAGAGAGAGCAGGGCUUUCCAAGUUGCCUGAUCUGAAAGAUGCUGAAGCAGUUCAGAAGUUUUUCCUUGAGGAGAUCCAGCUUGGCGAGGAACUACUAGCUCAAGGUGAAUAUGAGAAAGGUGUUGAUCACUUGACCAACGCCAUUGCUGUCUGUGGACAGCCGCAGCAGCUACUACAAGUCCUACAGCAGACUCUUCCACCACCAGUGUUUCAAAUGCUUCUAACUAAGCUCCCCACAAUAAGCCAGAGAAUUGUAAGUGCACAGUGCUUGGCUGAAGAUGAUGUUGAAUGAGGUCACACCACAACAGGGGGAAAAAAUGUUUUCUUACCCCAGAAGAUGAGCAUCAGUAGGGGUAUAAAUGGGCAAACAUAGUAGUUAAUGGACUGUGUACCACAUCGGGUUCUACCAGAGUUAAAAUUAACUUUGUGUAGGUGGGUUUCACAGGAUUUUAUUUAUUAUCCCAGUGAAAAGUGUAUUUUGAUAAGAAUUCAUUUUAUAAAUACACUGUGUUAUCAAAGUAUCACUGACUUAAUCAUUAUUAAACUUCGCAGUUGUAAUGUUGUACAUAUAAAGACAUAAAAUUAUGACAUAUUAAAAACCCAAUGCUCAUUUUUGAAAAAGCAAAGAUAUGGCAAUAAAGAUUUAUCUGCACUUGUGUGUCCCUAUAGUACUACUUUAAAUUUCAGAACAUUUGGGUGUCAGAACAAAUGAUCUAAAAAUUACUUAACAUUAAGAUUUAUUUUUAAUGUUAUGGCUGGUCUUCCACUGCUUUUAAUUGAAGUUUAAAACUUUGUGUCAUUUCCUGAGGAAACAGAUGUGAUUAUUGAAACAGUAACUGAUCACCUUAGAAAGAGAUGCAAAUCAGAAUGGUAAUAGAUGACUGGCUGCAGAAGGAAUGACAAAUCCAUUCAGUCAGGAACAAUAACAUCUAGGUUGAUGUAAGUCAAAAAUAUCUGGCAAACAUGAAAGCUUUCAUAAUGCAGGUGUCUGAAAUAAAGCUGUUUAGAAUAGAACCUGGGGCAGUUUGUAAGAGCACAAAGGUGGUUGGUUUGGAAAGCUUGAAACGCUUUUGCAAGAUAGACAGUUGACAUUUCAGUUGCUACUCUUCAAGACCAUAGAAGGUGGUUGUUAGGAGUCUUUGGUAUUUGUCUUAAAAAAUUAGCACCGAUUAAGGUAAGAUGAGGCUAUCCAGAGGCUAAACUAGAUAAAGCUAGUGGAAUUGGAAUGUUGGUGUAAAAUUUCAGCAUGGUGUGAUACUGUAAGCUUCCCUUUGCCGGUGAAAAAGAGGCAAAUAUACAGACUCAAGUGAGUAGCAGAAGCAUACUUGUGAAAGCAAGUUUUCCAUGGAUAGUAUGUUCUAAAUAUCAAAACAGAUUGGCUUCUACUGUUCUCUGGUUUUAUAUUAUCACUACUUGAGUGGUAAAAGAGACAAUUAAAAAUACGAUUUUAUAUUUUUGGCAUGGUGACUUGUUUUAACUUCAGAAGAAAGGAGGAGAGUGCUUCAAGGUGUUUGUCUUUCAGACCAGCUGAUAGUUUUUGCUAAUGAUGCUGAUGCAUUAAUAUAGUAAUGUACUAGGUGGCAUAGUCCAAGUAGAAGUGAGAUACUCUGAGAGAAUUUUAGCCAACAUUCCCAUCUGUCUCUAUCUCAUUUCAGCCUGGUAUGAGUUUCUGUAAAGGCAGAUUAUUCCAAACUAUUGGUCUCAAUGUUUCAGAAAUUGUAUUGUACAGAAUUUUUGAGAGAUUAAGUGGAUAGUUUGUGGUCACCUAGCAGUCGAAUUACCUGAGUUUGGGAAUAGAAAUGGUUCUUACUGAGUCAGUCUGCUUAGAUGAUUUGCUGUGGAAGAGGUAUUCUUCCCUUAACCCUUUGAAAACAGAGUUUCCCAAGAUUUGAGAUGCUCUUGAGCCUUUCUGUAAUGCGACAAAUUCUGAAGUUAAUGACUAGUAUGAACAAAAAAUUUCUUGACCCGAUGGCUGAAGAUUGUUUUUUUUGUUGUGCUUGAAUUGUUCAGGUAGCGUGAGGUAGAACUGAGUAGCCAUAAUCUUUGAGUGACAGUGGUUGGUUUGCUCUUUUAAUUUAUUUUAGAGGGACAAAAUUAUUAUGCACCUAGCAUACUUGAUAAAAAUACUGUGAAAUUGCAGAAGGUUCUAGUUUUAAUGAGUACGGUGAGGCUUUUUGGAAGCUUUUGGAGCCUUUUUUCUUUUCCUUUCUAGCCCUUAAAAGCAAAAGUAAGAGUUCAUAGGUUACACUGAUGGAACUAUUAGCACAUAUGCCUGCAGUCCUCGCUGCUGUGGUUACUUCAGUGUAAUAUCUUUUUUAUUCUGCUUUUAACACCAUUUUAAGGUAAUUCAAAUUCUUCCAUCCUGUCUUGAAAAACACCCAAAAAGCAUAAGACAAAGGUGGCACCCUUCCUUCACAUCUGAACAGUUUUCUGUGCUCUGAGGUAUAAUGAUGACAAUUUGAAUUCACUGCUUAGCUUACAGUAAAGCUCUCCUGAAUUAAGUAUGUCUUGGCAAACCUAGAUGUCAGUUCUUCUGACUUUGAUGGAAGAGUUGAUGCUAGUCAGAUUAUGUCUACAAAUGGUCAUUGCUUUAAUAAAUGUCCUAGACACACAUAUUACUCUAACAAUUUUUAAUUUUCUUGAUCCUGUAAAGUUAGAUGCAAACAAAAUUUUAGAUGGCCUAGGUUUAAAUGAAGCCUUAAGUACCAAUUUGUUAUAUUUGAUAACCCCAGAAGUACCUAGAGUACUAGUAUGCUAGUAUGCUAAUAGUGUGCUGGAAUAAGCUCUGAUGCCUAUUUUGAGUGCCUUGGCUAAUAGCAUGGGAAUGAUGAAUCCUCUUAACGAGGUUUAAGGUUAUUUUUUCCCCCAGAUCUCCUCAUGAAACUAAUACCUUACAGACUGUAAAGACUUGAAGAUAUUGUCUAGAAUGGGAGUUUGCUUUUACUCCAGCAAUGGCAGUCUGACACUAGUGUAGCAAGCAUGCAGAGCCCACAGAUGUAGGAAUCUGUAAUUUAGAACUAGUUUCAGACAUAGCAAAGUGGAGAUCAUUGGAAGUGCAGUGGUAAUGGUGAAUGCUCUUGCAUCAGUAGCAGUAAUGUUGUUGCAUUAGCUGUACGGAGUACCAUAUUUCUUUUCCCCUGUGCAAAUUAAAAAAAAAAGGUGGAAGUCAGGCACUCCAGUUGUGUGUUUGCUGCUGCUGAGCUCGCAGUUGUUGGUGAAUAAGACCUGAAAUCUUAUUUUACUGCAGGUAAAAACUACUAAUCUUUCCCCCCAAAAGAGCCAUCUUCAUUUCUGUGGUGCUCCAAGAACAAGGCACUUGUUUUCAGCACUAAGGAUUUCUCAUAAAGGAAAUAAGAGGUCUGUUAGUUUUAUGUUGGGAAAGUCUCUUAUCAUCAGUUAUGAGCUUCUCGGGCAGCUUUUAUAGAAAAAAACCCAGCUAGUUUCCUGAUCAUGCAGGACUACCUUUGAUGUCUCACCAUAAAGCUUUCUAGACAGUGGAAUCGAAUCCAAAACUAAAGUGAUCAGGCACACACUGACUCAUCUGGCACUAAUUUCCUUUCCCUGGGGGAUGAUGGAAUAUUAUUGUUGCCCUUAACUUGAAAAACGGAGAAGUCCCAGCCCUGCUGUGUAGGAGGCCAGCCAGCCAUCAUCAAAAAAACCUCCAGCUAUUUAUGCACCCAGAAGACUCUUUCUAAAGUUUCAUUUGUACAUCGGUGGAUGGUGUGUUUAAAGUCCCUUAGGCUGAACAGUGGCCCUACGUGGCUGUCGUGUUAAAAUUAACAUGAGUUAAACUUCAAGGUAAUCUUUGAAGUGAUCACUUAGUGCUUUUAGUGAGCAUUUCAAAGGCAUGUUGUACUGUACACACAUGCUUCUGCAUUUUUAAACAUGGAUAUGAAAAGAACUGAUGUGGAAAAAAAAAAAAUUCUUCACGGUUUCUGUUGCACUCAAGUCUUGGUUUGGUUUUUGGUUUGUGUGUUUACCCUGACCAGUAUAGCUCAUGGUCCUCUUUAUGCAGUGACCGAAAAAAGUUUGCUGGCACAGCAGUUAAAUCUGUCCCAAAGUGUAUUUCAAAGAGGUGAUACUUGUGCUUCAUUUGCGAGGACUGGGUUAUGUUUCAUCAGAGGCACUCUCGAAACUGAGCUUCUGGCACGGGUAACAAUACUUGUUGUCUGUAUUUGUACCAAAACAGAGCUUCCCAAAGAAGAAGAUGUGGACAUCUGAUGCUGUUCUUGGAGGGCAGAGUUUGCCACGUCCGGUGUAUGAAUGUGUGAGUGAAACCAUAGAAAAGAGCUGGCCCUUCAUGGUGUUUCUAUACCAAAAACAGUCCAGCAUGCUGGCACUGGAUAAUAGGCAGCUUCUUCAAAGUACAGUGGUUUUUGUAUGUUGAAAAGAAAAUCCAGAUUCUCAUUUCUUUCCCUGCCAUUAAGGCCUUGCAGGUUCUAGUUUUACAGAAUGUUACUGGGCAUCCUUUGAUAAGAUUGCUACCUUGUUUUCCUAUCACUAGUGCAACCUAAUAAUAACGAACUCUUAAAGGCCUCUGCUGUAGGCUUUUGACUCCAGCAAUACAGUUCCAGUUCCUGUUUUGUAAAGGUCAGGCCUUGGUGUAAUGGGUUGACAGAUGCAUGUCCUCCUGCAGUGCUCGCUUACAUUUACCAUCAUUCCCCUUACACCCUGAGGAUGUUCUUGACUUGUCUUUGGGAUGAGAGGAUAUCUAUUGGUGCUCACCCACUGUGUGAUAGUUGCUGAAUGGAGUGUUGCAGCUGGCACAGUGUUGCUGCAGCCUGCAGAUCUGUCUGGAUGGUCUAUGUUGCAAGACAUUUAUGAGUGGCUUUUAUGUAUGAAAUUUCUACACUGUAUGGAGGCAGAAAACAGCUGAAGUUACAUAAUCCCGCCUCUUCACAACUUGGACCUUUAUGACUAAAAACUGAUCUAGUCAGUCGUUUAUUUGAGCAGGUCUUAAUCUAAACAGCAGAGGGCAGUUUUGCACACGUGUUCUGUGCAAGCCCAUCCUGCAAAUUCCUGAUUUUUAGUCUUCCUGCCUGGGGUGAUGCAAUGCAGCAUUUUAUGCAGACAAAGUUGGUACAGUGUGUAAGACAGGAUGAGUGAGGCAGCAGUAGCGUGUGUUUCUACUGACACCUGAUUAGAGCUUCUUAUAAUCCUGUGUGUUUGGUUUGUUGUGGUGAUGUGAUUAGGAGGAUUUCCCUUUUCUUUCCAUCUCUCAACACAAACCAGGUAGGUAGAUAAGCCGGCUGCAUUGUACAACUUAAACAUUGCAAAAUGCAACAGAAUCUCAUUCCCAGGCAUGCAAGAGGAGAAUUUUCCCUUGCCCAGCUGUGAUUCUUCUUGAUGAACUUGGUUAACUGGAGUGAAAAGUGAGCCUCUGUUAAUUGCAGUAGGAGUGGAAGAGAAAUCUGUGUCUUGAGCCUCUGCCUGGAGCUGGGUUCUGGCUGUGAUGGCCCGAGUGAGGAGGGCCAACCAAAAAAAACCCAAAAGGGCAAGAUGUUACAGGUUGGUGACAGGGUGCAGUUCCAUUGCUGGUUGAAUUUCAGCUUAAAGUGUCAAAAUCUGCUCACCUUGCUGCAAUCCUGUAGCUGAUGUGAAGUGAGCUGAUGGGGUCUUUCCUCAUGGCUUGGAGGCAGCUGUUUGUAUUACAGUGGCAACCUGGCUUGAAACCAAAUCUUAACUACUCCAGCCCCUCAGAAGUGGUUCUUCGCUGCUUCACGUGCUGUGUUUGCAGAGACAAAGUGCGUGUUUAUGCCAUACAAGUAAAUGGAAGUUUUCAGCCCUUGUAUUGAUGAGCUUUUUUUGCAAAUAUUCAAAUUGUUAGUAAGAAAUAUUUCACAUUCUGCUGAAAAUAGGCAAGUAUCUAGAGAAAGAGAGCUGUUUAAUAAAAGAUACUGUCUCUGCAAACCAUGCUUUUCCUUCUUCUGUAGGCUAAUCUUUGUAUGUUACAACCUGUAAUAUAGCCUAGAAGAUAAAGAAAUUUGCUGUAACAAACCAAUCUUUCCCUGUUUUGGCUUGUAUGUAACAGCAUUUCCUGGAGCUCUGAAACAGCUCGGUUAGCGUCUUUUGUUGUAUUUAAUAUUAUUUGAUGAGAAGGAUUGUACAUUCAGUUUUAAUGAUUAAAAUGAUGAUUAUUGCAUGAAUUUGUUAAUUAUGAAAUGACUAAUUAAAUGGCAAAAAGGGAUUAUUGAGCAAGCAUGUUCUUUGAGAAAGUCUCCUCUGGUGUUUUUAAUGGCUAAUAUGAGCCUAAUCAAUUCAUAGCAUUAUCUCGUUAUUGGUGGGAUCAGUCUGGUUUUGAUGGAAAUUCACUUUCACCACAUGUUGACCUGGUGUAAUGUAAUUGCUUGGUCGCGUAAGUGACCGCAACAAAGACUACCAGCUCCUAGAGUUAAGGAGGUGGAAGCUUUUGCCUGUAUAAAGCAGAGAAGACCCAUCUGACCCCAGGCUGCAGCCUCUAUCUUUAUUGAGGAGUUCUAGUUCAGGUGUUUGCUAUAAUGACACUCAGCUGAAUUUGCUUAACCAUGAGGAGUUGCUGUUUGAUUUACAUUUUAUUUGCUUUUAUCUCUCCAUCUGAAGUUUUGAGCUUUAACAUUAGCCUGCCCUCUCCCCUCCCCCACCCUUGGCUUUUUUUAGGAGUUGUCUGGCAGAAUUAUGGGCCCUUUUUCACUUCUCUGUAGGAAUGUUAUCUGCUGGCCAUUGGCACUGGAAGAAUUCUUAGCAUGAAAUUAUUAUUAUUACUUCUGUAUCGGCAGAGAUGUGUGUGGCACUCUGAAGAAUCUGUCAAGAUGAAGCCUCUGCUUCUGCAAGCUCACAGCCUGCGGUCCUGAUCCGGUAAUUUACUCUGCAUGGUCCUUUCCUCAUGGAAACCUAAGCAGUCAAGAGCAGGACAUUGGGACAGUGACGCAGGAAGGGAGAAG